AUGCCUGUCAUUCCAAAAUUGAAUCCCAGGGAAUCUGGAGAUUAUGUGAGCAAAAACAGUGUUCAUGUUAAUAUAAAGGAAGAUGGCAUAGAAAGAAUUGCAAACAAGGUGAUUAAAUCACUAUUGAGUCACCCAGACGAAAUUUCUGUCAAUAGAUGGAAAACUCAUGAAUUGCUGCCACAAACUCAAGAUGAAUUUGCCGCUAAUUGGAUUUUCUUAUCUGACCUUUUAAAUUUCUGCUUCUGGAGUUCUCCUGGAAAAGAAUACAUGGUGCAUUACAAAAGCAAGAAUAGAACUGGAUAUUGGUCCUUGUGUGCUGCUUUAUGGAGAGCUCUUGACGAUGGUUAUGACAUUACAAAUCCAGCAUUCUAUUCUAAAAUUGAUGAAUCAACUUUGAAAAAAAUAUUCAGAUCCGAUUCCAAUUAUGAUAUUCCAAAACUUCAUGAAAGGCAUUGUAUAAUGCUAAAAGAUGGAGAAAUAUUAUUAAAAAAUUUCAAUGGGUCAUUCUUAAAUGUCGUUAAAGCUUGUAAUAAUAGUGCAGAAAAUUUAGUCAAUUUAAUAACAAAAGAGUUUACUUCCUUUACUGAUCAAAUCAACUUCCAAAACGUUGAAGUUUCUUUUUAUAAACGAGCUCAAAUUUUGGUGGCUGAUAUUUGGUCAUGUUUUGGUGGCAAGGGUUAUGGGAGAUUUCAUGAUAUUGAUACAAUAACAGCAUUUGCUGAUUAUAGGGUGCCACAGGUGCUUAACUGGUUUGGAGCAUUGAAAUAUUCUGAAGAACUAACGAGUCUAUUAAAAAAAGAGGGCACCACCUUUGCACAUGGAGACAGAUGGGAAAUUGAGAUAAGAGGAUGUACAAUUCACUGCAUUGAAUUAAUAGUUAAAAAGGUCAAUGAAACAUUGGAAAGUCUACCCAGUAGCACAACCAAUCUCAAAGUUAAUUCCAUAAUUAUUGAUCAUUAUUUGUGGGACAUGAGAAGAGAGAAAGCUAAAGAACUAGAAAGUGUUCCAUACCACAGAACAGAAAGCAUUUAUUACUGA